AUGGUUCGCAAUCUAGUCGUCAUUGGUGGUACAUCCCACCCUCAGUUGACGGAGACAAUCUGCGCUGUGCUUGGAAUUCCUCAAGCCGAGGUUUUGCUGUCCAAGUUUGCUGUUGGAGAGACCCGAGUUGAGAUCCAAGAAUCUGUCCGUGAGAAAGACGUAUAUAUCAUCCAAUCUGGUGGUGGUAAGGUCAAUGACCACCUCAUGGAGCUCCUCAUUACCAUCUCUGCCUGCAAGACAGCCUCGGCCCGACGAGUCACUGCUGUUCUCCCUCUUUUCCCUUACUCUCGUCAAAGUGAUAUUCCAUACGACAAGGCUGGCGCUCCUCUUGUCAAGUCUUCCGUGACAUCUCGGUCCAAUACUGGCUACACUUUCGAGAGCACGCCCCCCACCCCCGGCGGUGGCAAACCCGAAGGCCUCGGUCUGAUAAACGGCAUCGACAGUCUCCAGAAGAGUCUCGCUAAAGCUCAGCUUGAAGAUAGUACUGGCAGCCCUGUCAAGCGAGGCCAUGGAAUGCUCCGAAGCGAGACUACCGAAUCACUCAAGUCGGCGGCGUCCAAUGGCAUGGAUGACGCCAACACGGCUUUGUCUGUCUCCAAGAUCAAUGGAUUCCAACCGCGUCCUGGUUACAAGCAGUGGGUUGCGCAGGCAGGUACCCUGGUCGCUGAUCUGCUCACAUGCGCUGGUGCGGAUCACAUCAUCACCAUGGAUCUGCACGAUCCUCAGUACCAGGGUUACUUCGAUAUCCCCGUUGACAAUCUUUACGGGCGCCCUCUAUUGAAGAGCUAUAUUCAGCGCAAUAUCCCCAACUAUAAACAGGCCGUCAUUGUCAGUCCCGAUGCUGGUGGUGCUAAGCGCGCCACUGCAAUUGCUGACCAGAUGGGCAUGGAGUUUGCUCUGAUCCACAAGGAGCGCCGCCCCACAAAGAUCACAGACCGCCAGAAUGCCACUAUGAUGCUAGUCGGAGACGUCAAGGACCGAACAACAAUUCUGAUUGAUGAUCUCGCGGACACCUCCAACACGAUCACACGGGCUGCGAAACUUUUGAAGAAGGAAGGUGCUUCCAAGGUGUACGCUUUGGUUACCCACGGCAUCCUGAGCGGGGAUGCGAUUGAACGUAUCAACGCCAGCGCCCUGGAUAAGGUCGUGGUGACCAACAGCGUGGUCCAGGCCGAGCACCUGCGCCUAUGCCCUAAGUUGGAAGUCCUAGAAGUUGGCCAUGUAUUUGCCGAGGCCAUUCGUCGCGUCCAUCACGGUGAAAGUAUCAGUGUGCUGUUCCAGUACGAUUGA